UAAAAUAGGUUAAAUGUCGAAUAUUCUAACCCUAAUUUAGUGAUCAACACAUUCAUGAGAAUGAAAUAACUACAAAGAUUGCUAUAAAAAAUCGCAGUAUCUUUGUAAUUUUCAAUUAAAAAUGUACAGAUUCGUCCAUCGAAUACGGCAAGCCUUGCCUUUGUCGAGAUCACUAACAACAGAAACUGUUCAUGAAACCAGUGCAGACAAGAUAAACGAAUCAAAUGAAACUGUCUCUGCAAAUAAGAAAUCAUGGGUAUCUCCUCCUAAAUAUCAAGACCCUUGUCAAGUAUGGGUCGAAAAUCUCGAUACAAUAGAUGAAAAGAAAUUAGAAAUAAUUGAACUUCACCCAGAGAUUUUUGCUACGAAUCCUAGAAUCGAUAUGGUUCAGGAGAAUGUGAGAUGGCAAACUCUAUAUCGUUAUGUGAGUUAUGCACACACAAAAUCAAGAUUCGAGGUGAGGGGAGGAGGUAGAAAGCCUUGGCCCCAAAAAGGAAUGGGUAGAGCUAGACAUGGUUCUAUAAGAAGUCCCCUAUUUAAAGGAGGUGGAGUGGUUCAUGGACCUAAGGCUCCUAAUCCUCAUUUUUAUAUGUUAGAUUAUUACAAACGAGUUAACGGUUUAACUUCCAUGUUAUCUAUAAAAUUAGCUCAAGAUGACCUUCAUAUCGUGGAUGACAUUGAAAUUCCUACAGAAGAUCCUAAAUAUAUUACGGAACUAAUUAAAAGCAGAUGCUGGGGUCCCUCCGUUCUCAUAAUUGAUGAAGUCGAUCUCAUGCCAAGGAAUAUAACGGUAGCAACGGACCAAAUAUACCAUGUCAAUUUGAUGCCGGUUUAUGGUUUGAAUGUGUAUUCAAUGCUUAAACAUGAUACUCUUGUAAUCAGCAAGCCUGCAGUUGAACUGAUAGAAAACAAACUACUAUCUAUCCUUUACAGAAAUAAUUCUUUGCAAUUAACGAAGAAAUUUGUUUUGAGUCAAACAUAAAUGAAAUAAAAU